AUCACCUCAUCAGGAGAGCACUGUAUGAAAAAAUGGUGUGACAACGCGGCUCUGUUGACUUUGCAUGGUAACACUGUCGGAAUGGUGAGCAAAGAGUUCGUAGUGUCCGCACCAGGAAAGAUUAUUCUCCACGGUGAACAUGCUGUGGUCUACGGAAAGCUUGCUGUCGCUGCAGCCCUUUCUCUCCGUACAACCCUCCACAUUAAAACCAUCCAUGAUAAAGAUGACGUCCUCCUGCACCUCCCAGAUAUUGGCGUGGAAGUGGGCUGGAGUGUCCCAGAGAUUGCGGCAGCAGUGGCCCUGCCAGUGUGUGAUCCUGAGAAACCAGCACCUCCAUCUGAAGAGUUGCUUCAGAAGUUGAAGACCUUUGCUAGCAUUCCACAUGACAGUGCAGACACAAAGACAUUAGCACUGGUCUCUUUCCUCUAUCUGUACUGUGCCAUUGUAGGGUCACAAAAAACUUUAACUCCACUAGAGAUCCGUAUUGAGUCCAAGCUCCCAGUAAGUGCAGGCCUGGGUUCCUCUGCUGCAUACUCGGUCUGCUUAGCUGCCAGCUUACUGCUGCACAAAAAUCUGAUCUCAGCUAGUGGGAAGUGGUCUGAAAAAGACCUCCAGCUAAUCAAUGCCUGGGCAUUUCAAGCAGAGAAGGUCAUUCAUGGAAAACCUUCAGGAAUUGAUAAUUCUGUUAGUACUUAUGGCCAUGCUGUUUCAUUCACCAAAGGUUCUGAGCCAGUAAUAUUGUCCCAAGUUCCUUCCAUUAGAAUUCUUUUGGUUAAUACUAAAGUACCACGAAGCACAAAGACACUGGUGGAAUCAGUCAAGAAAAAAUAUGACAAAUCCACAGUUGUAAUGAGUGCAGUGAUGGACACAAUGGAAGCCGUGGCAAAAGAAUGUCUCAUUCUCUUUGAGAAAAUGUACAAAGGAAAAGCAGAUGAAUAUUAUAAGCAAUUAGAAGAACUCAUAUACAUUAAUCAGCAACAGCUAGAUAUUAUAGGAGUCAGUCAUAUAGCAUUAGAAAAAGUAAUUCAGAUAACUAAAGCCAAUGGCCUGUGUUCUAAACUCACUGGGGCAGGAGGAGGAGGCUGUGCCUUCGCUCUUAUCAGACCAGAUGUUCCCAAAGAAACUUUAGACUGUGUGAUCCAGCAGCUAUCUCUUGAAGGUUUUGAUUGCUGGGAAACUGGCAUUGGGGCAGAGGGUGUGACCUUACAUGUAUAACAGUAUGAUAAUUGGGAGACUGGCAGAGGGUGUGACCUUACAUAUAUAACAGUAUG